CUGGGUCGCUCCCUGUCUCUGACCUUCUGGGUGACUCUGCCUGUUUGGGGUCUUUCUGUGUCUCUAUUUCUGCCUCUUUGUGUGUCUCUGUCGCCCGAUGGCUCUGUCUCUCACCCCUCAGGGUCUCUCUGUCUCUGGUUCUCUCUGAAGGUCUCUCUUCCCCUGGUCUCUGGAAGUUUCUGCCGCCCACCUCCAACGCCCUGGGCCUGGAGCAGUCCCCACAGCAGCCAGUGCUGCUGACCUGGUCCCUGGUCCCUUGCGGUGUCUCCAGGCAGGGGACCAGGGGACCCGGGUGCUUGGCUGAGGGCUCCUGGAGGAGGCAGCCGGCUCCCGGCACCGACGGGACCCUCCCGUGUUCCGGAUGGCCCAACCGAGUUUCCCAGUGGGUGUCGCAUGCCCAGAGCCGCCAGCCCGGAAGGCCGGGGUGUGGCCUCGGUGCUGACCCCCGUCUCCAUCCCGCCGCUCUCUGGGCGCGGGCCAAGGACGUGCCUGUGGCCGCUCCUCCCCGCCCUCGGGAAGGGAGGCUCCUGGCCUCUCCCGCCGUCGGGGGCGUGGGUAGCAGCUGGGAGAACCGGCUGCGCCCCUCCCCGUGGGCCGGGCGAGGUAGGCACCUGGCGGGCUCCGGCGGGCAGCGGCAGACGCUGCCACCGCGCACACCUGCGCCGCCACGGCUCGCGCGUCCUCCCCUCCCCGCCCUCGGCCACCGCCAUGGACCAGGACGGGAUCCUGAGCCUGUGGUCCCGCGCCGACGACUCGGACUCCAGCCAGACCGUCUCGGGCGAAUACUUCAGAUACAAGGGCAUCCUCUUCCCCGUGGGCCUCUACUCCCCGGAGAGCAUCAGCCAGGCCGAGAACACCUCCAAUGUGCACGACGACGACAUCUUCAUCAUCACCUACCCCAAGUCAGGCACCACUUGGAUGAUCGAGAUCCUCAGCUUGAUCCUGAAGAACGGGGACCCCUCCUGGAUCCGCUCGGUGCCCAUCUGGGAGCGCGCGCCCUGGUGUGAGACCAUCAUAAGCGCCUUCACCCUCCAGGACCAGACGAGCCCCCGCCUGCUGAGCUCCCACCUCCCCAUCCAGCUCUUUCCCAAGGCCUUCUUCAGCACCAAGGCCAAGGUGAUCUACCUAAGCAGGAACCCCCGGGACGUGGUGGUCUCCUUCUACCAUUACUCCAAGAUCGCCAGGCAACUGAAGGACCCUGGCACACCUGACCAGUUCCUGGAGAACUUCCUCAAGGGCGAAGUGCAGUUCGGCUCCUGGUUCGACCACAUUAAGGGCUGGAUUCGGAUGCAGGGCAGAGAGAACUUCCUGCUCCUCACCUACGAGGAGUUGCAGCGGGACCUCCAAGGCUCCGUACAGCGCAUCUGUGAGUUCCUGGGCCGGCCGCUGGACGAGGAGGCCCUGAGCUCUGUGGUGGCACACUCGACCUUCGGUGCCAUGAAGGCCAAUUCCAUGUCCAACUACACGCUGCUGCCCACCAGCCUGCUGGACCACCGCCAAGGGGCCUUCCUCCGGAAAGGGGUCUGCGGGGACUGGAAGAACCACUUCACGGUGGCGCAGAGCGAGGCUUUCGACCGCGUGUACCGGGAGCAGAUGCGCGGAGUGCAGGCCUUUCCCUGGGACGAGGCCCCAGAGGAGAGCAGCCCGGACCCCGAGCCCCAGCCCAAGCCGGAGACUGAGCCCCAGCCUGAGCCCGAGCCGGAUCCCAGCCCCGUCCAGGCCUCGGAUCCCGCCCACCCGUGACCCCGAAUAAACACGUCGCUCCA